GAGUUUCUACAAUUUCGUAACUGGGGGUUUACGUUUGCUCAGAUGAUUGCUAUAUUUAUUGUGCAUUUGCAUUCUACUGAUACAUAAAACCUGUUGGCGAUUGCUAUUAUGCUGGCCGUUUUAGUAUAUGAUUAUAGAUUUUGCAUUGAAUUACACGAAGCAUCGUGCUUGUGUUAGUUUUCUUUGUUAGAAGAUAAAACAGCAAAACCUUACAACCGAGUUGUUUAACUUGACUUUAAGACGGAUCCAUGAUUCGGAUAUUUGUUCAACUUCAUGUAGAAUCAUUGGACAAAUCAGCUAAGGAACUCUAGAGUCUAGACUUUUCCUGCUGGAAUCAAGCACAGUGUCAGCAUACAACAGGGAUCUUCUACAGUCAACAAUCCAGUCAUUUGUCUAUAGAGACAUCACUAGAUGGCAUAUGGGUCUUGGGUUGGCAGAAUCCAGUAGGACGAUAAUUUGCAGAAAUCAGGUUGCAAGAUACUGUAGAUUUCUUAUUUAAAGCGGGUGAAGGAGUUUUGCCAUCUUGCAAAAUUUGUUUUAGUUUCUUCCCAGUCCAGUAUGAAUCUCAAUGAUCUUAACAAAGUCUGGGAAGUCAAGCCUCUGAAGAAGCCUCGAGAAGAUGAGGCAAGAGAAAUUCUUGAAAAAGUAGCAAGGCAAGUUCAACCCAUCAUGCGAAAGCGUAAAUGGAAAGUCAAGAUCCUUUCUGAAUUUUGCCCUUCCAAUCCUGCUCUUCUUGGCCUAAACGUAAAUGGAGGUGCAGAGGUAAAACUGAGACUGCGGAGGCAAAAUAAUGAGUGGGACUUCUUCCCUUACGAGCAAAUUCUUGACACCAUGCUCCAUGAGCUUUGUCACAAUGAAUUUGGCCCACAUAAUUCUGAUUUUUACAAUCUACUGGAAGAAAUUAGAAAGGAAUGUGAAGAAUUGAUGGCUAAAGGAAUAACGGGAAGUGGGGGAGGAUUUGAUCUUCCAGGGAGAAGAUUGGGUGGAUUUUCACGUCAACCGCCUCUAUCAUCACUGCGCCAGAAAGCCCUAUCUGCUGCAGAAAAUAGAGUUCAGCGGGGAACUCUGCUUCCUUCUGGUCCAAAACGUCUUGGCGGUGAUAGCAGCUUGAGAGCUUCCCUUAGCCCAAUUCAAGCUGCUGCCAUGGCUGCAGAGAGAAGACUGCAUGAUGAUUUGUGGUGUGCUUCUCAGGUUGAAGAAGUUGGUCAAACAUCUGUGUCACAAGAUGUGAGCUCUAAUGAAGCUCUACCGCCUAUAUUGGUAAACAACAAUCAUGGAGAAGGAGAAGCGAAAGCAUCAUGGCAAUGUGGUAGUUGUACACUGUUAAACCAGGCGUUGGCGUUGACUUGUAUAGCAUGUGGAACUGAAAGAAUGGAGGAGAAAAAGGCAAAUACGAAGACAUGGUCAUGCAAAUUCUGUACUUUACGAAACUUGGCAGCGAAGGAACGAUGCGAGGCUUGUGGAGAAUGGAGAUACUCGUAUGGUCCUCCAACAACUAGUCGAAUGUUGGGUACAUAAUCAAAUUUAUAGAAAACGUUGAAAUGGAUAAGUUAUUGUUUUUGUAAUAUAAGAAAAGGAGACUAUUUUUGGAUGUUCAAUAAAAUGGAACAUGAUAUA